GAAGGAAACAAAUAGGUAGUAAAGAUGGUACCAGCAUCAUUUUCUGAUGAUUCCAGGGUCAUUAAAGAUGACGUAAACAGACCAAAGUGGGAUAACAAACUCCAAUAUCUUUUAAGCUGCAUUGGAUUUGCUGUUGGCUUUGGGAAUGUCUGGCGUUUUCCAUAUUUGUGCCAAACCUAUGGAGGAGGGGCAUUCUUGAUUCCAUAUGUCAUCGCCCUCGUGUUUGAAGGAAUCCCAAUCUUUCACCUUGAGUUGGCCAUAGGGCAGUGCUUAAGAAAAGGCAGCAUUGGUGUCUGGACUCAGAUCUCGCCUUACUUGGGUGGACUUGGUUAUGCUUGUAUGAUGGUGUCGUUCCUAGUGAGUGUCUAUUAUAAUAUGAUUUUGGCCUGGGUGACAUGGUAUUUCGUGAACUCUUUCAGAAAUCCCUUACCUUGGAGUUCCUGUCCACAAGAUGCCAGCAAACCAGAACUCAUAGAAGAAUGUCAUAAAAGCACUGCUACAAAUUUUUUUUGGUACAGACACACUUUACACAUAAGUGCAGAUAUUACACAGAGUGGCCCAUUGCUGUGGUGGUUGGUUUUAUGCUUGGCUAUUUGUUGGAUUGUCGUAUACAUCUGUACGAUUCGAGGGAUUGAAUCAACUGGAAAGGCAAUAUACGUUACAACCACAUUUCCAUACUUAAUUCUAACAGCAUUCCUUAUUUAUGGAUUGACUCUCCCUGGAGCUGUUGAUGGAUUAGUGUACCUCUUCACUCCUAAUGUGGGAAUCCUGAGCAAUCCACGAGCGUGGCUUGAUGCAGCCACUCAGAUUUUCUACUCUCUUUCCUUAGCAUUUGGAGGACAUAUAGCAUACUCAAGCUAUAUUCCACAAAAAAAUGACUGUGAAAAGGAUGCUGUUGUAAUUGCGACAGUGAACAGUUUGACAUCUAUGUAUGCUUCCAUCCCAAUUUUUUCAAUUCUGGGGUUCAAAGCAACCAUGAGCUAUUGGGACUGCUUGGAUAGAAAUAUUAAAAACCUCAUCAAUGCAUUUAAUAUAACACAGUCAAGCAUUUCAAGAAGCAACUAUACCCGUUGGUUGGAUUCUUUGACAGCAUCAUUUCCAAAUAAAAUUCAAGGCCUCAAUCUGAAAACCUGUGAUCUUGAACACUUCCUUGAUCAGAGUGCUUCUGGAGCUGGCCUGGCCUUUAUUGUAUUCACAGAAGCUGUGGUCAGGAUGCCUGGAGCCCAAGCCUGGGCAGUUCUGUUUUUCAUCAUGCUGUUCAACUUGGGACUGUCAUCGAUGUUUGGACUUGUUCAAGGUGUCUUGACUCCUUUGACAGAGUUUCCCAUUGUGUCCAAAUACUUAACUAAGGAGGCUGUAUGUGGCAUAAUAUGCUUGCUCUCCUUUCUGCUGGGCCUGUGUUUUACUCUGAGAUCAGGUAGCUACUGGCUGGAGGUGUUCGAUGGUUACGUGGGAACCAUGCCCUUGCUGGUUAUUGCUUUCUUUGAAGUGAUGGGUGUUAUAUUUAUUUAUGGAAUGAAAAGGUUCUGUGAUGAUGUGAGAUGGAUGACAGGACGACCAGUGAAAUUCUACUGGAAGGCGUCAUGGCAAAUUAUUAGCCCUGUGUUAAUGGGUGCAGUUUUUUUGGCGUACAUAGCUAUUCAGAGGCCACCAAGCUACAGUGCAUGGAAUCCAGACUAUGAACAUUUCCCUGUGAAAGAGCAAAAAGGCUAUCCUGGGUGGAUUGUGUUCAUCUGUGCCUUGCUCACAAUUACCCCAUGCGCAAUCAUCCCAAUUGCAGCCAUACACCAUUUUGGGCAAGUUAUGUGGGCAAGGAAACAGAAGCAAGCUCAACGUCCUUCUAACAACCCAACAAGUACUUGAUCUUACAAUCCUGCAACAAUCCAGGCACUUCAGUCAGCCCUAUCUUGUUUGUUAAAAAUAAUAUAUAUUAAUUUUUAAGGCACUCUC